CAGCUUCUUCUCUCGCGGCCUUGCCUUUCUUUACAACCCCUCACUCUCGCUCAACCAGCGAAAAUGGUCGCCUCUCUCUCAUUCAUCACUCUCGCUCUUUCUGCUCUCUCCCUCGUGUCUGCUCGUGCCAUUCCCAGGCAAACUCAAUCAGAGGAUUGCUCUGAAGGUCAUUUAGAGGAUCACAACACUUAUCGUACACGGUAUAUCCAGCUUGGUUGUUCCAAGCAGCAUGGUACACCGUUUUUUGAUCUUUGCUGUCACCCGAUGCUUGCGACCGAGAACUUGAAGGAUAAUCGUGACCCUUCGUGCGAUCCCGCCAACGCAUCGUCAUCGUCAUCAUCCUCAUUGGCAACUUCGACCACAACCACAGCCGAGCCAACACAAACCGCUGUGUCCAACCUCGGUGACGAUGGCCAGUCCGGGGAUUCUUCUAAUAAAGAUGACCUCGAUGACUGCGACGACGACGAGGACAAUUCUGAUGACGGCGACGAUGAGACUUGUGAUGACGAUGACGAAUCACAAGCUCCCACUUCCUCGACCGCUGACGACACUAGCUCGGCUACCGGACAGCAAGCUCCACCGACCUCGACCGCCGAGCAGCAGACAACUUCAACCGUUGACCAGCAAGCUCCCCCUACCUCUACCACUGAACAGCAAGCUCCCCCCACCUCUACCACCGAAGAACAAGCUCCUCCCACUUCCACUGAUACUCCCCCGCCUACGACCACGACUACCUCCCAGGAGUCUCAGCCUACUCAAUCUCAAGGUAAUCAAGGAGAUGGCGGCAAUAAUAACGGCAACAACGGCGGCGGUGACAUUCAGUCUGGCGGUUUUGCAACGUGGUUCACACAAGAUAAUAACCCCGGUGCUUGUGGUACUGUUCACAGCGACAACGACCUGAUUGCUGCCAUGAGUACUGAGCGUUAUGGUGACACCGGUAAAACCUCUGAUCUCUGUGGAAAGCAAGUAUCGAUCACAAAUGCUAGCAACGGCAAGUCUGUCGUUGUGACCGUCACCGAUGCAUGCCCUGGUUGCAAAAACGGAAAUUCCAUUGAUCUCUCCUUAGCGGCCUUUCAAGCGCUCGACGAUUUGGGUGUAGGUCUCAUCGACAUCAAAUGGAAUUUCCUCUAAACCCCCUUCCCCUGUUUCGCUUUGAUACUCCUUCUCUUGCUCGACGCUUCUUCUUCUUUCAAACUCCAGGGGCUAGUUGAAUGGGUUAUUUGACGACGCUUACGAAGCUAGAAGAGGACGCGACGAUGACAUUGAUGUGAUUACGACCUGGUGUUGACUGUCUUAUGUUCGCGUUUCCUGUCGUCCCAGAGCGACCCGUUCCCCGUUCAAACCGUUUUUUUUUUUUUUCAAUGCCGGCGUUCGCUGCUUUUCUUUUUACCCUGUUGCUUGCAUUUUGAGUUUCUGGGUUCUUAUUUUUGGUUAUUGCAGUUGUUCGUUUUAGCUUAGCUGCUAUUUUGCGUGAUAGAUAAUGGAUGAAUGGACCGCGUUGCGUACAUAUCGUUUGGGCAUCCAUGAGUUCAAA